GAGUUAACAUGGUGGCUCAGUAAUCGUGUUGUGGCUACAGACUAAAACUGAGUGGAUUGUUCAAGCUAAACACUUUCUCUCUCUGUAAUUUUUAUAUUCUUGACCUCUACAUUUUUUAACCAAAUCAGAAAUGGAUUUCAAGAAGAGAAUAGAGAAAGAAGUUGGGAGUCGGAAGCCAGAAGAGGUGUUUGAGCUUGUUGUGGACAACAGCCGUUCUGGUGAUGGACAGAUAGUGGGCCUGUCCGAUGAAUACAAGGAGCUGGAGUUUCUGAGUAUGGUGAACUCGGGACUAACCUCCCUGGCCAAACUGCCAUCGCUGCCAAAGCUUCGCAAGCUGGACAUCAGUGAUAAUAGCAUCUCAGGGGGCCUGGAGACCUUGUCCGAGAAAUGUCCCAAUCUGACCUAUCUGGUUCUGAGUGGAAACGGCAUCAAGGAGACCAGCGCGAUGGAAGCCCUGCAAAACCUGAAGAGUCUGAAGAGGCUGGACUUGUUCAACUGUGACGUGGCCUCACAGGACGACUACAGAGAGAACAUCUUUGAGCUCCUGCCUCAGCUCACGUUCCUGGAUGGUUUUGACCAGGAUGAUAAUGAAGAUGAGGAUGAAGAUGGUGGUGCCCCUGGAGAUGACGAUGACGAGGAUGAUGAGGACGAAGACGAAGAUGAUGAGGGCUCGGAGGGUGAUGAGGUUGGCCUGUCCUACCUCAUGAAGGAUGGGAUUCAGGACGAGGAAGAUGAUGAUGACUAUGUAGAAGAGGAAGAAGAGGACGACGUAGAUGGUGACGAGGACGGAGCCGUGGCCCACGGGGAGAAGCGGAAGCGAGACCAAGAAGACGAAGGUGACGAUGACGAGGAUGACGACUAAAGCACUGCCCUGUGAAGCCAAGCUGCCGUGUCCCAGAACUAAGCUGUAGAAGAGAAACGUGAAAUGGUCUUUUCUACAUAUUUUUGUUUGUUUGUUUUUCAUUUUCCUUUGUAUAUCAUAGGCAUCACUGUAGUAUGUAAGGUUUUUUUGUUGUUGUUUUUUGUUUGUUUCUUUUUUUUAUUUUUAUAUCAUUUGUGUCCUUGUUUUUUCUACAUCGACCAUUCAAAACGGUCAGACUUUUUAUUAGAGGUCAUUCCAAAUAUGGCAGUUGCAAAGUGCAUUCUGAUUCCCAUAAUGCCCCAUGUUUUGGCACUUUGAUGUAAAGUUUCAUUCGUAUAGUGGGCACCGUUUCUAUCAAGUGAGUCAGAUUGCUGUUUGUAGACAACACUCUACGUGUCCUUUUGUAGAGUUGGAUGGGCUGGGCUCCCUCAUCUAAAAUACUUUUUGCCAUUCUUUUGACUUUUCCUAAGAAUCCAUGUAUUGCUAUAAUGAUGAAAUCCACCUUUGUGUGGGUCCUCCUGUCUGGGUUUUAUUUUCGUCCUAAAGACUGAAAUGUUGCUAACCAGGAAGUCUGUAUUAAUGUAAGGCUAAAGUAUCCCUGCAUUGAAUUAGAUUUUUUUGCCCUGAAUCAGUAUACCAUGUGUUCCCUCCAGGAAUUCCUGUAAAGUCAUUCCCCCUCCAUUAUCGUAUAGGAGUCGACCCGACUGUACAAUCAUGUUUGAUUUGUCGGAGGAUUUUAAAAAUCAUUCUUUCUAAAGAAACUGUACAGCUUGUUUGUGAGGUGUGUUAUGUUUUGUGGCAUCAAAGAGUUAAAGAAAUCAAACAAACCAAGAAAGCAAGCAAGUCCUCGGAGAUCCAUCCCCCCCUCCCUAUACCCCAUACCCCCCAAGGCUCAGCGCUCAACAAUUUCUGAUGAGAUGUCAGAUCUCUUAGAACACUCAGGUGGACCAAACUUUGGAGUCUUCAGUAUAUCUCCAGGACUAUAAUCGAUCAUCUCACUCUUUGUUACUGAAUUUAGUACCGCUCACCAUUCUUCAGACAGAAAAAACAAAUGCCUUCUCUGUUGUUUUUCCUUUUUGCAUUCCCUUUUUAGAAUGAACAUUUUAAAACUUGUUUCUAUGACUGUAAAUAGGUAGCCUGCGAUUCUGUCGGGUGUAGUUCAUUUUAUUAAUUGAUUUUGUCUUUUUAAAACAUGCAAUAUCUCUUGUCCUUUUUCUUUUCUUUUUUGUUUCAUUUUUGAAUAAAUGCAAAGCACAGGUCAGGAUAAGAUUCAGAUCCAUUCGAUAUAGUUUUAUUUUUAUGUCCUCUGCUGUUGAGAAAGCUGUGUUUGGAGUUUGUGUGCUGUAAUCUUCUAAAGAGUGUUUUUAAAUAAAAUAAUAAAAAAAAAAUACAUAAUUGAA